AUGGCAGGCGGACGACUCUGGCGCAGCGUGCGCGUGCUGCUGUGGAAGAACUGGCGCGUCAAGCAGCGCGAGAGCCGCCUGAACCGCGGCCGCAGCGGCCGGCGCUGGCUGUACCCGGCGCUGCUCACGGACAUCGUCGUGCCGCUGGCGCUGCUGCUCGUGCUCAUCCAGAAGCUCUGCGAGUACAACGCGCAGCUGGUGGCGCCCGCGGGCGUGGACGCGCUCGACGCCUUCCUGGAGCGGCACAAGGACGCCAUCAUGAUGGAGCCGCAGACCGAGACGGAGGCGGAGCCCAAGCGCGCGCUCUGGCCGCAGCAGCAGAGCGACGACAUCGUGACGCAGGCGGAGGAGCAGCAGCUGCAGCACGUGACGGUCGAGUCCGGCACGCUGCUGCUGGCGGCGCUGCCGCUCAUGCUGGCCAAGACCAACCAGAGCCUCGCCAUACUCGAGCGCAGAGAGACGGAGAAGUUCCUACAGUACCUCGACCAGCAUUACCCGCCGGCGGAGGAGUUGGGGAUUUCUAGCUACUCGCAGAGGACGAAGAAGGUUCCGAUUGGCGACUUGGCGUCGAAUGACGAAGCGGACCAAGUUUUGCUCGAGUUCCCCAAGAAGAGCGGGUGGAAUAUCUACGCGGGGCUGGAUGAUCACAUGAAGGACCCGUCGGAGAUCGCCGGAGAGACCCAAGUCCAGCAGUUUUUCGCGCAAGACCUGACGUUUAAUACUUCCGGCGGACCGAUUCAUUUCCCGACGGUGCUGCCGUUUCAGAUGGCGCUCAACAUGUUCAUGCGAGAGAAUGCGACCAGCUUUACGAACACGCACUUGAUGGACCUUAGUGACCUGCCGCCGGAAAUUAUCUGCCAGUUGGUGGACAACAUGCUGGAGCGCGGUGGACUUCGGUGGUCCGACUUCCCGAAGACGUCGCCGUUGGGAAGGAGUGAGAUGGCGUGCGUGGUUGCGAUGAAGAAGGGAGGACUGUCGACGGAGCUGCAACGAUUCUUGUCGAAUCUGGUAAACAAGGCGGCUUCCAGUGACCAACUGGACAAUUUGAGCGUUGCCACGCUGCCGAGUCGUCCUGCGAGCACGGUGUCCGGUCCUCUUGAGGGCAACAUUGUGUUUUACAUGGCGUACUUGUUCUUGUGGCCAUACGUCCGUUUGGUCCGUGAUGUCGUCGCUGAAAAGGAGAAGCAGCUGAAGGAGUAUUUGAUGAUCAUGGGGCUGCCGGCAAUGUCGCUUUUGAUCAGUUGGUUUUUGCUGUACUUCUUGGCGUCGGCUGUGGUAUCUCUGCUCGGUAUGUGGCUGCUCAACGGUAGUAUGUUCGCCGCUACGACAAUGGGCGGCUGGUACUUCUUCCUGCUGCUGAUGGUGUUCAUCACGAGCAUGCUCUUCUUCGGUCUCGCUGUCACGCCCAUUUUCAAUCGGACGAAGACGGCGGCUGCGUGUGCUCCACUGAUGUACAUCAUCCUGAGUGCAGGAACAUUGAUUCGAUCACUGGCUGGUGACGAUGCGGUGGCGUCGUCCGAAUCUUUGACGUUGCUGCUGACAGUGCUUGAUGCCAUCAGCUCACCUGUUGCAUUUAUGGCCUGCGUGCACGAUAUUUUGUCGUUCGAUGCCGUGACAGCGGCUCAGAGGCCGAUCACUUGGAGAACGGUGGAGGCACCUUGCAGCCUGAUGGCUAUGCAAAGCGCUGGGUACUUGCUGCUUGGAUGGUACUUGGAGAACGUGUUCCCGCGGACGUAUGGAGUUCAACAGAAGUGGUAUUUCAUAUUGCAAUCGUCGUAUUGGUUCCCCAAGAAGAUGGACCUCGAUAACUCCAAUGACGAGUCCGUUCGACUCACCGAGAUGGACCCCAACAACUUUGACGAGCGCAUGGAUGACACCCUCCGUGAGCAGACAAUCCCUGACUACCUGCAUCACUUCAACCCAACUCUUUUUGUGCAGUCGCUGUCGAAGACGUAUCCGAACGGCAAGAAGGCGGUGAAGAAUGUGACGUUCGGCGUGAGGAAGGGCGAGAUUUUUGGUCUUUUGGGCCCGAAUGGAGCUGGCAAGAGCACAACUUUGUCGAUUCUGUCCGGUAUGUUGUCACCGUCGAGUGGAGAUGCUUACGUCGGCGGGUCCAUAAGUGUGGCCAAUAAUCCCCAGGCGGUGAGGCAGAGCCUCAGUGUAUGCUUCCAGCAGAACGUCCUGUACGAUGAUUUGACCGUUUGGGAGCAUUUGUCAUUGGUGUGUGCGCUCAAAGCGAGUAUGGGGAUCAAAACGAUCUCUGAACAUGGUUGGAAUACUAAGCUGCAGCAGUUUGGGCUUGAAGAGAAGCGCGACGCAUUGUCGAAGACACUGUCGGGUGGCCAAAAGCGCAAGCUGUCGCUCGUUUUGGCUCUGUUGGAUUCGUCGCGUGUCGUGUUACUCGAUGAGCCGACCGCUGGAAUGGACAUGAAGGCUCGACUGGACACAUGGGACGCGUUGAAGCGUGCGGUAAGCCACCGCGCUGUCAUCUUGACAACUCACUCGAUGCAGGAAGCGCAGGCUUUGUGCGAGAACAUAGGCAUUGUUGCUGAAGGCAAACUCAAGUGUUGCGGCUCGAGCUUGUUUCUUCGGAAUCAGUUCGGCGUGGGAUACAAACUCACGAUUGUGCAUCAUGCAGACGAUGACCUGGAUGUGACCAAUAACCUCAGCGCAGGACGACAAGAGUGGACGGAACUUCUGAUGACUACACUGAGAAAGUAUGUGCCUAAUGCCCGUAUUGUAAGCGACAACAAAUGGGAAACGCGUGUUCAACUGAACGAUGGAGAUGAGCGGCGGUUUGCUGAGCUCUUCCGAGAGCUGGAGACGAUGAAGCAGAUUCGGGUUAUUAAGCGCUACGCCGUUGCAGCCACUGAUCUGGAGGAUGUGUUUGUAAAGGUGACUGAGGGUGAAGACGUUUACUACCACGUUAAAGAUGAUAUGGAGAACCCGGAAUCUUCAGAAAAGACUGACCCAGUACUGUCCAAGAUUGACGCGGAAACGAGAGCCAGGGACAAGAUGCACAGGCAGACUACCGGUCUUGACACGAAACUCCCUGGGUGGAAAAAUUCGAUGUCCCAGGUCCGCGCGCUACUCAUCAAGCGUAUGAAGAUGACGUCUCGCGACAAGAAAUCUCUCUUUGCGCAGUACGUGUGGCCAAUCGGCUUCUUCGCGAUCAUCCUGGCUGUGCUUCAGAACUUGAUUUCUGCUGGUGGAUCCAUUGAGACCGUGACGACCUUGCCGCCCACUGCAAAGGAUGCGUCUCUGUUCGUGUCAUCCGCUCCGGAAAUCACAAGUUCGGUCGCAGACAUUGUUGCUCAUAUUGAGCGAAGCACCCACCCGGUUGUAUUUGACAGGAGUGCAACGACUGAACAGGCCAUGCUGGAUGCAAUUGCGCGCGAGAACGACACGACUUACUUCGCUGGUAUCUAUGUGUCGGCUGUCAACUGGACGUCCGACAACACUGUUGCCUCUCCGGUGAUGGCAUACUCGCUGUACUAUAACGAAACAGUGCGUCGUUCGUUGCCGGUGACGCUGCAGUGGAUGGCUCAAGCUUAUUGCAAAACGCGUUCAAAGCAGGAAAAUUCUCCUGACAUCGACAUGUGCGACUUGGUGGCGAAGAAGGGCAUUUUCCCGAUUGAUGUCAAGAUUGGUGAUGGUGUUACGGCCGAUGACGACGGCGGCUUGUUGCUGGAUCCUGAUGAAACGAUCAAUAUCGUUCGACGAAUCAUGGUGGCGUUCUACAUGCUGAUGACGAUGAGUUCUGUCGUGUCAUUUUACAUUUCGUCGGUCGUGAGGGAGAAAGAAAAGGGCUUGAAACGCCUGCAGUUCCAGCAUCUCGAGUCGGCGAACGCUUCGUUCUUGUACUGGUUGUCCAACUUCCUGUUCGACUACACGGUGUAUUUCAUGGCGAUCCUCUGCAUGCUUAUCAGUCUUGCAGUGUUCUCGGCGUCGCUGACCGAGACGAUGCUUGCUGGGAUCAUGAUCUCCAUGGUUUUAUUCGGCUUGGCGGUGAUCCCAUUCAUGUAUCUGUGCUCACUGAUCUUCACGUCCCAAUCGUCGGCGCAGUCGGUCAUGUCGUACGUCUCGAUGUUUCAGAUUAUGGCGGCGUCCAUCGUGUUCGCACUUUCAAAUAUCCCGGGCUUGUGCGUCCAGGUGAACACGAUCUCAUACUUCUUGCAGGUGUUUCCACUCUACACGUUCGGUAUCACGGUGUUGAAUAUUGUGACGUUGGCGUGGGCUCCCAUGCGCGAGAGGUGCCUCAACUUUGGCGGGACUAUCGACGCAAUGAACGCCUUCGCUUUACUGGACCCAGAUGGGAAGGCUUCGAUGUGGGAUUGGGAGGUUACCGGAAGUAACUGGUUCGCUCUCGUGGCGUCUGCUGCCAUGUACACGCUGCUGCUUCUCGCGCUGGAUCAGUAUCAAAUGUACCCUACGGUGGUGGAGUACAAGAUGCGGCGCACAUGGCGCCGGAUGCGACGCUUUUUGCUGCCGUGUUGCCGCAGCAAUGGUCAAGGGUAUGAGGAGGCUGGUCAGACUGCUGUCACAUUUGAGGAAGACUCGGACAUGGUGCGUGCAAUUCGAGUCUCUAAAGUAUUCAACCCUCGAAAAAAGGUCUCGUCAGGCGGCGCAGGAAACGGUGGUGCUGAUGGUGAAGAAGCUGCUGCUGUGGUGAACGAAAGCAGCCAAGUGGUGGCUCUGAAUAACGUUAGCUUCUCGGUGGAAAAGAGGGAUUGUGUGGCGUUGUUGGGCGUCAAUGGGUCCGGUAAAUCGACAAUGUUUGAAAUCCUGACGGCAGGAACUUGUCCUACUAGUGGCAAGGCGCUGAUCGACUCGUGCGACGUGACCUCAGAGCCACAGGCUGCCAGCACGAGGUAUGGUUACUGUCCCCAAAGCAACAUUUUCUUUACUGAUUUGACCGCGCGUGAACAUCUCGAGCUGUUCUAUCGCCUGCGAUGCUGUCGACGCAACGGGCUGCUGUCUGAAGGUGCUGUUAUUGACGGUCUGAUGAACCAGCUGGACUUGUUCCCAGUGGAGCAUACUGCAGCGGAGCACUUAAGUGGCGGAAACAAGCGUCGGCUUAUGCUAGCGCUAGCCCUCUUGAGCGACCACACUUCGCUCUUGCUUCUGGACGAACCUUCGGCUGGUGUGGAUGUAGUUGCCAGGCGUUUGAUGUGGCGUAUGCUGCACGAAAAGCGACUGAGUGAGAACAGGACGAGCUGCUUGUUCACAACGCACAGCAUGGAGGAAGCCGAGGCGGUGUGUGCGAAUGCAGUUGUGCUGUUCAAGGGGAAGCUCGUGUGGUGCGGCAGCAUCCCGGACUUGAAGCAGCGCGUCUCGCGAGGGAUCUCCAUCAGCGUGCGUCUCGACAGCAGCGCCAUCUGGGACCCGGAGGAUCUGCACUUCUACACGGAGCAAGUCCGAAGCUCGCUUAAACUCAAGGCGACGACAGCUACGCGCCGGGAAGGGUUGGAGCAUGGCGACAUCCCUCUACCAGAACUGGAAGAAGCCUGGGAGCUUUGUCACGGUCUUUUGCACAAGGAAGGCGACGCUGUCACUGUGGCGGCCUCGCGACAACAUGGCAACGCUUGGCUGCAAGGUCUGCUGUCCCGCUUAGAGUCUGCGGAUAGCGAACCGGCAACUCUGUCGACAAAACGCGCGGAGCCAGCGAUCCCGAUCCUCGAGUUCGUGCAGGAGUGGCUCGUACAAGAAGCGUUUGUUCGGCUGGAGACGCAACUGUUCAAGGAUGAAAUCACCGGCCGAUCUGGCGAGUCCGUGGUCUCGGUUGACCUGGAUACUGAUCGUGGCAGCGGUAGCAACACCAGCCGAGUCUACGAAACCUCAUGCACGGACACUUUCGGACUGGCAGACGUCUUCGCGAUCAUGGAGGAGAAUAAGUCGCGGUUCAAGAUCUCGCAUUACAGCAUUAGUGAAUUGUCACUCGAGCGCGUAUUCGAGCAGUUCACGUGA